AUGGCCAAUUACAGCAUGAUCCAGGAAGUGAUAUUGGUGGACGCCCGUAGCGAUUCCAUGACCAUUUCGUGGACCAAAGUGGAAGAGGCGGUCUGUUACAUUUUGGAAUUCCGCACCGUCAAUCCUUUGGAGCCGGAUUGGCAACGCUUGGCCGAAGACAUUCAAGGAACUUCCUCUCGCAAGCGAAACCUGAUGCCCGAAAGCCAAUACUUCUUUCGCAUCAGUCCUGUGUACGAAGAUGAUACCGUCGGACCUUGGAUUACUCAUCCAGAAUCUUUUGAAACUCUCACUCAGGAACAAGAUGAGGAUUAUGCCAUGGCGGCUCCCAUUGUUACCAUUCCCGCCGAACCUAACGCUCUGAUCAUUACUUGGGAGGAAGUUGAUGAAGAUGUCCACGGCUUUGAAAUGCAAAUGCGGGAAAACAAGGGUGGUGCCAAGUGGUUUGGCUUUCAGGUGUCAAGUGUGUCGUCUGAAGUCAAGAAGAAGAAUUUGACGUCGCCUUGGGGAUACCAAUUCCGAGUUAGACCCGUGACGGACUUUGAUGAACCCUUUUCACCACCUUCCAAUCCAGUGCAACCACGAAGAGGCGAAAAGUACAACCGCAAUCGUGCGCAACCAGCAGCCGCACCACGUUCGGCUCGACAAGCUUCGCAACAAUACGAAGAACAGGGGUAUGCUGAGGAAGAGUAUUAUGAUCCAGAUGCUACUCCUCAACGUCAAUAUGGUGAUUUCAAAGAAUAUUGCAUGCCAGCACCCUGGUUCAAGACUGCUGGAGAAGGUGCUGUCCUCAUUUGCUGGCAGCGACAACAAGGUGCCACUGGCUACGAACUGCAAAUGAAGGAGAUUGUGCCUGGCUAUUCUCAAGAAGAAGGUUGGGAAACCAUCGCCGCUCGCCUCUCGGGUACAGAAGUCAAAAAGAAGAACUUGUGGUCGGCCAAUGGCUAUCAAUUUCGGGUGCGACCCGUCGAUGGCCCCAUGUCCGGCCGUGGCUUUUCCAAUCACUCCAAUCCCGUCGUCUUGCCGCAAACUUCCAAAAUGAGACAGGCCCGCACAACCGCUGGCGCCAAAUUGAGCCACGAUGUCAUCCACGCCAUGCCUGCCCCCUGGUUCAAGGGUGCCAAUGAGAAGAAUGCCAUUAUGGUGGUCUGGCAACCUCAAGCCAGAGUGACUGCCUAUACUCUACAAAUGAAGGAAUGCGCUCAAGGAGAACAAUGGCAAACAAUUGCAGAGCGUCUGACCAACACUGAGGUGAAGAAAAAGAAUUUGUAUUCUCAAAAUGGAUAUCAAUUCCGUGUCAAGCCACUGGAUGGACCAAACAAACACAAGGAGUUUUCCAAACCAUCUUCGAUUGCCUUUGCCCAUUAA